CGCCAAUAAGCACCAAACAUGUCGUCGUCGGAGCCGCAACAACAUCGCAGCGAUAACGAAGAACCAUUAAAGAACGGAGAUGGAGAAACAAAACCUGGUCCAAUUUCUUUCGGUUUUAGCAAAAAGAUAAAUAAAGUCAAAACUGAGCAAGAAGAAGAGCGAGAUUUUUUAACAGGAGUCGAGGGGAAGGAGCUAAAAAGCACCAAGCCAGUGGAGAAACCUAAAGAGCUCAUCAUUCCCCUGAUCCAGAAGAAUCGCUGGUACAGACACGAAAAGGUGAAGCAGGAGGACGGGAAAGAAGCUCCAUCCGAACAGGACGACUCUGUGGAGUCUCAGGCCAUCAAAGAGCUCAUUGAAGAAUCUCAAAAGCAGCAGGAACUAUGGAAGAAUGGCCCCCAGUGCGACCCGAACCUGGCCAUCCCGCUGCUCAUGCAGAACCAGGUGCCGCAGGGCUUCGAAGACGGAGAACACGUCAAAGUGGACCUCCGGCCCGAGUCGUCCACAGAAGCUGAUUAUGAGCAGGUUCCGGUCGAGGCGUAUGGACUCGCCAUGCUGAAAGGAAUGGGCUGGAAGCAGGGAGAAGGCAUCGGCCGCACGUUCAAACAAGAUGUUAAACCUAUAGAACACCAGCUCAGACCCAAAGGUCUGGGUCUGGGAGCUGAUCGCACCGCCAUUAAGGACCUGGAACCCUCAGGGCCCCGGAGACCCCCUAAACCUGGAGAACAGAGAGAAAAAGAUGAUGAAGGCUUGGUGCUGGGGCCUGGAGGGUGUGUACUGGUCCAGACUGGGGCUCAUAAAGACCUCUACGGGAAGAUAGAGGGGGUAGACGCAGACAAUGCCAGAGUCGUGGUGAAACUUGCCAUUGGAGGGAAGUCGGUGACCAUCAGCCAGCACUCGCUACGCCUGGUGCCUCGAAAAGAAUACGACAAAUACAGCAGAGACCUCAGCCGCCUCAGCAAAGCCCACAAGGAGAAAGAAAGAGAGCGAGAACGUGAAAAGGAGAGAGAGCGAGAGAAAGACAGAGCGCGCGACCAGCAGAGACGAGAAGAGAAAGCGAACAGGAAAGACGACAGGCAGAGAGAUCGGCACUCGGAGAGAGACAAGGUACGAGAGGACGGUCAAGAGCGGGACCAGAGGAAGAGGAAGCACAGGGAAACGGAUACAGACAGAGAGAAACCUCCUCCUCCUCCUCCUCCGAUGAAAGAGCCUCGCUUGUCUCCGCCUGCCUGGCUCCAGAAAGACCUCCGUGUUCGCUUCAUUGAUAAAACCUUUAAAGGAGGCAAAUACUACAACUCAAAGAUGAGAAUCGAGGACGUCCUCACGCCACACAUCUGCGUCUGUUGCACAGACGAAGGACGACUACUGGAUGAUGUGAAACAGAUGAUGCUUGAGACCAUUGUGCCCAAAGGUGACACAGACUCCAUUAUGGUGGUGCUGGGAGAACACAGAGGACAGGUGGGCCGCAUUCUAAAGCGUGAUAAGGAGAAGUGUAGGGCUAUGGUGCAGCUGGAAAGCUACGAGAAGAAGGUCUUCACUCUGGACUAUGACUCCAUCUGCCAUUAUGUGGGAGAUCACUGACAACCAACCAAGUACCCUGCAGUCACCAAGACGACCAUCUCCGCUCGCUCCAGAGACGUUACUACCUACAGCCAUGACACUCCACGUAGAUCAUGUGAACAUUGUUGCUUCUUCUGCGAAUCUGGGAUUUCACUUAUGCCGUAAUGUUCUUAAAGCUGCACCCUGCUGGCUGCAGAAAACAUCUCAGACCAGUAACAGGACUAAGUGGGAUGUUCUUCACCAUCAGCUGUAUAUAAUGAUCUCACCUCGUCGAGCUGCUGAAAACAGACUGUUUGUAGUAGAUUUUUGUACAUGUGCCAUUAUCACUGCCAUAUUGUUUUUUUAAAAAAAUAUAAUUAAAAUAUACUAUUGGUCAUCAGGGUGAAGAGUUGGAUAUUUGAGUGAAAACAUCCCAAUAUAUCAGACACUUUAACAGGAAUGACUGUAUUCCUGCUCAUUCAUUCAAUUAUCCAAUCAUGUCAUCAAAUCCUCACCAUAACAGGGAUGAGAUUUUUCCGCUUUUUGGCGGAAUUCCGCUUUGUUUUUUGGACUCAAAAAUGCUAUUUAUAUUCUUGCAAAUCUGUUGAGAGAAUUUUUUUGAUUUCUUGGGGGGGGGAGCAGGGUUCGUUUAUCCUGGCGACUGAGACUGAACUCGUCAGUCGAUAGAUGUACAGUCGUGUUCAAAAUAAUAGCAGUGUGUUUAAAAACGUGAGUAAAGCUCAAAAUCCUUAUACUAGUUUUUAUUUCCAUGCAUUGGGAACACUGCACAUUAUAUUCUACAUCAAAACAUGAAGAAAAAUGUAUCAAUGUUUUAAUUACUUUACAGAAAAUGAAGAAAAAUGAACAUUGGGCUGUUCAAAAAAAAUAGCAGUGUCUGCAUUUUUCAUUACAAACUCAAAUAUUUACUGUAUAAACUGAAAAAAUCUUUAGGAUUUAGCAUUCCUAUGAAUCACUAAACUAAUAUUUACUUGUAUAACCAUGGUUUCUCAGAACUGCUUCACAUCUGUGUUGCAUGGAGUUGACCAACUUCUGGCACCUGUGAACAGGUAUUCCAGCCCAGGAUGAUUUGACACCAUUCCACAAUUCCUCUGCAUUUCUUGGUUUUGCCUCAGAAACAGCAUUUUUGAUGUCACCCCACAAGUUUUCUAUCGGAUUAAGGUCCGGGGAUUGGGCUGGCCACUCCAUGACUUUGGUCUGGAACCAAGAUGCUGCUCGCUUACUGGUGUGUUUGGGGUCGUUGUCUUGUUGAAACACCCAUUUCAAGGGCAUUUCCUCUUCAGCAUAAGGCAACAUGACCUCAAGUAUUUUGAUAUAUGCAAACUGAUCCAUGAUCCCUGGUAUACGAUAAAUAGGCCCGACACCAUAGUAAGAGAAACAUCCCUAUAUCAUGAUGCUUACACCACCAUGCUUCACUGUCUUCAGAGUGUACUGUGGCUUGAAUUCAGUGUUUGGGGGUCGUCUGACAAACUGUCUGCGGCCCUUGGACCCAAAAAGAACAAUUUUACUUUCAUCAGUCCACAAAAUGUUUUUCCAUUUCUCUUUAGGCCAGUCGAUGUGUUCUUUGGCAAAUUGUAUCCUCUUCAGCAUGUCUUUUUUUUAACAGUCGGACUUUGCGGGGGCUUCUUGCCGAUAGAUUAGCUUCACACAGGCGUCUUCUAAUUGUCACAGUACUCACAGGUAACUUCAGACCGUCUUUGAUCACCCUGGAGCUGACCAUUGGCUGAGUCUUUGCCAUUCUGGCUAUUCUUCGAUCCAUUCGAAUGGUAGUCUUCCAUUUUCUUCCACGUCUCUCUGGUUUUGCUGUCUAUUUUAAAGCAUUGGAGAUCAUUUUAGCCCAGCAGCCCAUCAUUUUCUGCACUUCUUUAUGCGUCUUACCUCUCCAAUCAACGUUUUAAUCAAAACACGCUGUUCUUCUGAACAAUGUCUGGAACGACCCAUGUUUCUCAGGUUUUCAGAGAGAAAUGGAUGUACAACAUGUGCUAGCUUCAUCCUUAAAUUAGUGCCACCUGACUGACACCUGUUUUUUCACAGAAUGAAUGACGUCGCUAAUUGAACUCCACACUGCUAUUAUUUUGAACAUGCCCCUUUCACUUAAUUAUUCGAUUACACAGACUCAGGAGCAGGCAUAUCAUGAAUGUUGGGUCUGUUGGUUUUCUAUGACUUUACUACACCUACUGGUAAAUGAUUUGCCAUGUAGUAAUAUAAUUUCUACCAAAAGCAGUGAUUGAUCUGGUUAGUCGUGUUGGACUGCUAUUAUUUUGAACACAACUGUAGAAACGUAAACACUGGUCUAUUCGAAUGCCUCCAUUUUGAUUCCCGCACAAUCUCAUUUAACGAUAGCUUGUACGUGAAGUAAAACUUAUCUGCUUUAUGACUGGUCAAAACAUCGACAUUAAGGAUAUAACAGCCAACCAACAUUCAUCAUAGUGAAAACUUUCCUGCUAUUUCACUGUGACUUCCAAAUUUGCUUGUGUUGUACAUUUCGAUAGUUGUUGUGUUCAAAAUAUGUUUAAACAUCAAAAUGCCGAAUACGAUUGACAAGCGAGAUGAAGCUAAGGUGGGUGAAAUAGAUGCGAGUGUGAAGAAUAAGUUUAGAUGGAACUGGUUGGAUAAUGAAGUUACGCUAGCCCCGGUAGAUGCCAAGCAUGGAUCGGUGUCGGUAACCAUUGGUGAAUUCGUGAAAAAAACCUCGAUGUUCCCGGUAAAGCUCUUUGUACGGUGUGUGACGAUGUAAUAUUUUACAGAUCAAGUUGCCCCGGACCCCCUGCGCUACUUUUCAGAUUUUUUUUCUCAACAUUCGCACUCAUCCCUGCCAUAGCCUCAGCGUCCUGUAUUUAGCUGAUAGGAUUGAAAGCUGAUGUGGGCUUCUGCUGCUGUCUCUCAUUCACCUCAUGGUUCGGUGUAUUCAUGCUGAGAUGCUUUUCUGCUUACCAUGGUUGUAAAGAGUGCUUAUUUGAGUUAUUACAGCUGUUCACUGGAUGCCCCCCAAUCACACUUUUUUUUUUUUUUUUAAUAUAACCCUGAUUUAUUCUGAUGUUUGAUGUGAACAUUACCUGAAGCUCUUGACCUGUAUCUGUAUGAUUUUAUGCAUUGUGUUGCUGCCACAUGAUUGGCUGAUUAGAUAAAUGAGCAGGGAUUGAGGCGUUUCUAUUAAAAGUGGCAUGUAAGCGUAUGCAUUUUUAUAA